AAGCUUUGAUUCAUUGUGUUAUCACUACAGGCUUCUGCUAAACAUGAAAGCAAAACAAAACAAAAAUGUUCCUAUAUGAGAAUCAUUAGGAUACUGAACUGAGCACAGAACUGUCUUACAUCCUGCCAUCUGCAGUCUUCCAGAAAAGAACAGGUCUCUUUUCAACCUCCUUUUUAAUCAGCAUAUUCCUCCUGAACUGAAGAAUAAAUGGGAUCUGAAAUGAAUUUAAUAGGACAUCAUCAGCUAGCCACAGCUGAUGGAUUUCCUCUUGCUGAAGGUCCUCAUUUGUUUGGUGUCCUUUCAGAACCAAUGAGUUCUCCAGUGCAAGAGGCAGAUGUGUCACCUUAUGCACAGUACAACAAUGUGCCAUUUCCCCAAGUUCAGCCUCAGAUCUCAUCGCCACCUUAUUACUCCAACUUAGGCUUCUACCCUCCGCAGCAUGAGGAAUGGUAUUCCCCUGGGAUGUACGAACUCAAGAGGUUACCCUCAGAGACCUUUUUCACAAGGGAGACAGAGAUAAUGGAUAUCCCUGCAGCCAAAAGGCCUAGACUGGGUCAAUCCACAGGAAGAGGGAAAGGAGAUGAGCUCUGUGUGGUCUGCGGUGACAAAGCCUCUGGGUACCACUACAAUGCCCUUACUUGUGAAGGAUGCAAAGGAUUCUUCAGAAGAAGCAUCACAAAAAAUGCAGUAUACAAGUGUAAAAAUGGAGGCAACUGCGAGAUGGACAUGUACAUGAGGAGAAAAUGCCAGGAGUGCCGUCUAAGGAAAUGCAAGCAAAUGGGCAUGUUGGCUGAAUGUAUGUAUACAGGUCUCUUAACAGAGAUACAGUGCAAGUCAAAAAGGCUACGGAAAAAUGUGAAGCAGCCCCCAGAUCACACAGUCGAUGAAGACAACGAAGGCCAUGAUGUGAAACAAGUAACAUCUACAACUAAAAUAUAUAGGGAGAAGGUAGAAUUUACCCCAGAACAGCAGAAACUUCUUAAUUAUAUUAUGGAUUCAUACAGUAAACAAAAAAUACCACAGGAGGUGUCAAAAAAACUAUUAAACGAGGAAUUCAGUGCUGAAGGAAAUUUUCUGAUUUUAACAGAAAUGGCUACCAGUCAUGUGCAGGUUCUUGUGGAAUUCACUAAAAAACUACCAGGCUUCCAAACCCUUGAUCAUGAAGACCAGAUUGCUUUGCUGAAGGGCUCAGCAGUAGAAGCAAUGUUCCUCCGUUCAGCUGAGAUCUUCAGCAGGAAACUUCCUACGGGACAUACUUUCCUUUUAGAAGAAAGAAUUCGCAAUAGUGCUUGUGCCUAUUGCUCAAGUCCUGCUGCACCUCAGAGACUGCCUUUGUGCCCUGAUGGUCUUUCUCCAUAACCCCUUAUGAAAAUUCGUGCAUCAGCUGCUUGUGUGACUGAAAUCCUCUCCUACGCACUCUAAUAUUGAGACUUAAUGAGAAAUACAGACAUUUUAUUUAAUGUUACUGAGAUUUGGUGCCAUUUACUCAUCUUAUUUGAUGCUUCACUGUGCAUAUACCACAUUGUGAUUGACUCACUUGGUGAAAGGCUGACAUUCCAGUAAUUUAAUGCUUAGUGUUUUUCUGUUAUUUUGAAAGCAAAUUCUCCCCAUUAUUGAGCAGUACAGUAUUUUUAAAAAAACAGAGCUGAGAUACAGAAAUUUUUCUCUGUGAGCAUUUGUAGUUUGUUUUGCUAAAGAUACCAGGUUUCAGUGGUCAUGAAAAGACAGAGAUUUUUAUUUCAUCAUUUUACUCUACAGAGCAAUUCUAGGAAUUUGAGUAUUGGGAAAUAAAAUACUACCUGGUAUUGACAGAAAAGGAAUAUCUGGACCCAAAUUUUAAGUUGGCAGCAGGACAUGUGACAUUGUGAAAUACACUGUUGUCUUCCUGGAUGGGUUACAGGUGCUGAAGUACACUCAGAUCCAAAGUAAAAAAAAAAAAAAUAGCUGCACUUUCAAAGCAUUGGCAAGAGACCACCUUUUGCCAUUGAAUGUGGGAUACAAAGUUCACAUUGAUUUGGAUAAGAGGCUCCUGCAACCAAAAGCAAAGUUUGUUAUUGGAACACGGAUAAUUUCCAUUGCCCUUGUCUUCUAUCAUUUAGUUAUUAGUACUGAGCAAGGGUGCUGCUUCAGGACCCCACUGUGCCGGGGUUUGUGCAGAGAAAUGAAAUGAUCUUCACUGACGUGUCCAAAGUGUCUAACUCUCCCAACAGUCGUGUGCAUCCUCGUGGAAGGAGACACAUCAUCCUGUGGCUCAAGGCAAAACUGGCACACUGCCCAAAACAUUUAGAAAUUUGGACCACUUUAAAAUACAAAAUAUAGGAAAGAGCUUUUCUGUUCACACACCUUUCCUGCACAAUCUACCACACCGACUCUUCCAGUGAUAGGUUCCUGAGUAAUAAAUACAGUUGCUAAAAUUAUUUAAAUCAUAUAUACAGAAUAGAUCUAUACCAUGAAAGCAAGAACAGACGUCAGGGACCUGACCUCUUUUCUUCUGCAUAAGUGUGCUUCUUCAGGCCAAAAACUUUUUUAGACUCUGCCUAUGAAGACUAGCUCAAGCAGUGCAGAUGCUGCUAACUGUGUGCCAGACCACAUUUCUCUCCUGACUGCAGGCACUCAGGCCACUGCCAAAGGAGGGUAUGAGGCAAGGUCAUUUGCACCCUCCUUGCAGGCUUGGUUUGUUUGGGUUUUUUUAAGCUAAGGCUUCUUUGCUUGCAAUUAUGACUUAACAGAGGUCCUAUGGAUUGCUUUAAAGAAGGGGGGGGGGUUUGCUACUUCGUUUUGAGUUCUGCUCCACACAUGCUAACUUCUCAUUUAAGUUGGCUAUUUAACCCCUACAAGAUAAUGACAGACAGAAGAGCAUGUGCCUAUGCUCUGCUGUGUCUUCUCUCCUGGCUAGAUUUUCCCCUAUCUGGCACUCAGCAUCAAGGGGGUGAAUUUGAUCAGUGUUUAAAGGAUCACUGAUGCAUUUGAAUAGCUCAGAAGGGAGAGCUAAUAAGCAGCAUGAAAAGCAAUUCUGGUGGAUGGAACAAUGUGAAAGAUAAAAUGUAAGUUUGUGAGUAAUUAGAAUAUUUUAUUUGCAUAAAGCAGCUACUAAUAUACCUUUGGUUUCAUAUUCACUAACACCUCAAUCUUUAUCAAGAAAAAACGAUCUCUAUCUAUAUUAAUAACACAGUGCUAGUUACUGUUAAUUAGCAUUUACUCUCAAGCUUUCUUCUUGCAAUAGAUUAAUUAUUCAGUUUUACAAAACAGAAAAAAAUAGAAGACAGAAUGCUGUCUCAAAAAGCUGUCAAUACUGACUUGAUAUAACAGUAAAAACACCUAUUCCAGGAUUAUGUUAAACAGAUAAUUAUUCACGGCCUGAAACUGCAAACUUUAUGAAAGUAUCAGUGAUCUUACCUUCAUAGAAAAAUCAUAGCAACAAAACUCUAAAAAAGGCAAGGUGUAGAGUAAUGCUGUUUCUUGGGCUACAGAUGGAGAUGAAGUUGUGCAAGGAAGGGGUGUUGAAUGAAUAAUGUUCAUGGGUUUAAAUCUGCUCUAGUCUGAUGCUGCAAAGCUGCACUCAGUAAAGCUUUUAUUUCCCACUGACUACGCUUGGGUUUACAGCCAGACAUACAUGAACAUAAAGAAAUAAUCAAACAACCUGCAGUAUGCUGACGGAGUUGGGCUGGCGGUUAGGUAGGGAUCUGUGUAACGUGGAAAGAUGCCCAAUGACAUAUGAAGGAUGAGCAUGUUCUUACUGCCACAAUGCUGCAUGAACCAAGGGUUUUGAAACCCUUUUGAAAAAAGUUAGGAAGGAGGUACUAUUAGCAGUGACCAGGAAGCUCUGCCUGCCUGACAGCACUGUGCAGGGCUCUUGUCUGAUCUAAAUAUAGAGGGUUAGGCGGAACUAACUUUUCUGUUCUCAAUGAGGCCAGAAAUAUAAUUUCAUCUAUUUGAUUUUUUUUUUCACUUUUGGGUAUAACUUGUACUAAUGACAUUGGGAAAAUCACAUAACUCAUUUCUUCUCUAGCCUUUCCAGUUACAAGCACCAAAUCACCUUUAAUUCUUGUUCUGAUAAUCUGAAUUGAAGUGACAACAUCUCGUACAGUAGCUAGGAAAAAAAGUAAGAACUAUAAACAUCUGUUUCCUAUGUUUCCUGCCUUUUUUUUCUUUCUGUUGGAGCUUAUUAAAUCCAAACCGAAGCGUUUACAAUCACAUUAGAAAACAGCCCCCUCUUGUGACGAAAAAGCAAUUUGUGUAAUGUGCAUACAGGAAGAUGAAGUACUAACAGGGAAACUCCAGCAUAGGCGGGAUGACAGCAAAACUACUAACCAAGGAAAGAGUCCAUUAUCCUAGUUUCGUAAUUGUUAAUUUUUAAUGGGGUUUUUUUUUCAUUAUUGCCUUGUGACAUAUAUCAAUUCAAAGAUUUUGAAGUUCUGUUCUCCUUAGGAAAAGUGAUAAAACACUUGAAUUGCUGAAACAUCCCUUUCUACUCCCUCCCAUCUCUACGGUUUUAUUUCUCUGUUUGCAGUACACUAAUGCAGAGUUCUCGGCAGUAAUUUCAUUUGCUUCCACAUCUAUACUCAUUUUUUCUUCACCUAUUUAUACUUCAGUUUCUUAAGGUUAGCUUAUAAGCUUUCUGGGCAGGGAUUGUUUUACUAUAUGCUUAGGCAUUGUUUGGACCAGUGAGGAACUGAAUUAGUUUUCCCACAUCCUGUUUGCCAGCAACACUUUCAUCCUUCUUCUGCUAUAUUGACAACAGGAUUUGAGGAGUUUGGGAUCACCAAAAGCAAUUAUUUCAUCCAGCUGAAAGCAAACCUGACCUUCAAAAAAAAAAAUCAAAUUAUGAAUAUGAGAAACAAAUGAUGGGAGUCUUAGUCACAGAUCACUUCCUACCAUUUCUUGUUUCCUGUCAAGACUAUUGUGCCCAGAGGCACAAUACCUUGCACAGAGACUUAUAAAAAUAUCAAGUUUGUCUUGGACUUUUCUCAUGCUGUUGCUGAGGUACUCAUAUCCAUGAAAGGAAUUCAUUUGCUCUUCUUUAGGGCCCAGCUUUUUAUUAUUUUUUGUUUCUAGUUUCAUGCAAACUGUGCUGCAUAUAUGUGCUACUUACACACUAUAAGGAACCUUGGCAUUUAAAACCACCCAAGGGAAAGACAGGUGGUUCCCAAAAAGUUAGCAAUAACAAGUAUUCAAAAUUUUAAGUAGUUAAGGUUGAUGACUAACAACAUAAGCCUUGCAGCACAUUAGAUGCUAUGACUAUUGUUUGCUCUGUAAGAAGGUCCAGCUGUGUUACUAACUUCUACAGGACGAGCUGACCCGCAUCAUAUAUAUCUGCUUAAUUUACUUAGACUCAGUAGUAUUGAACUCAUCACAAAAACAGGAUUUGUGGCUUGUAAUCUGAAGUGAACAUAGGUUGUUUAUGUCAUGUGUUUAAACACAUGACUCAGCCAUAAAAUAAACCACACCCUGCAAGACCAUUCUUUCACUGCUGGGACACAAAACUAUUCCACUGCUUGAAGUAAAUUCACUGUCACAGCAAAAUGUGACUAUUUCAUAGUUAAGUCAAGUGACUUCAUGUUUCCUUUCUUUGAGUUCCACCUGCUGAGUUUCAGUUUGAAUUUCCCCUACUGGAGGCACUCCAAACCUCCCUAGUCCUGGAUUUCAGCUUUGUGUUGCACAUAACACUCAAAACUGCAUUAUUUCAUGUGGUUUCCAAGGCAAGUUAUAAAGACUUCUAGAACAGCUCAAAAUUAAGAUUAAAUCGACAAGACAUCCUAUGGCCCUCAUCUGUGGGAACCAAGGAGGUUUCCAUCCUUUCAGCCAAGGAAGGCCAAAAGACUCUUGCUGCAGAACCACUGGUUUGGAUGUCUACACUGCUUCAGAGCUGCAAGCAGCUGCUGUCAAUAGUCUAGUGUCUGCUCUGAGUGACUCACAUACCAUUUAAAAAAAGAAUAAUUUUGAUGUCACAAGACUUACUUCUCUUUUACACCAAAGAGCAGGAUGGAGUACAUUUGUAAUUUAAGGCUAACUAAGAACAUUGUGACCUGAUGACAAAGUCAGCAAGAAGAAGCCUCAUUGGUAUGCCUUAGUUUGGAAACCCCAAAGGCUUUCGCUGAUGGUGAGAGAAUCACAUGAUCCCAUUCUUAAAUAGGCCUGGAUUUUAACUAUUUUUGGCUCUGUAUUUUAUAAUAAUAAAAUAAUAUUUUGAUAAUUAUUUCAUGCUUUAAGGUAAUAGUUAUUGCAAGCAAGUUGAUCUUGGAGUACAGGUAAUCCUAGACCUAACAAGAGUUUCAGGCUACAUAAAAGGAGUAAUUAAGCAUCUUUAUGGAGACAACUGAAGCAACUGCCCAAGGCAGUUAGCUGUAGAGUAGAGUUGGGCUAGAAUUAAACCAUACACCCUGAGAGGUUUCCGUAUAACUAAUGCAGAGACAGGGAACACAGGCACUGCUUCGCAAAGAGGAUUAUCAGCAGACAACGAGAAAACCACGUAUGAGACUUGUCCUGAAGAGCCAGAUGGACAAACCUGCAGAGUUAAAUAAAUUGUUUGAAAGAAAGACUUUGAAACUAUGCAAAAAGAAAUUGCCAGUGCUUGCCUGUGUCUAGUUUGCUCUGGAAAACAAGGAUGUGCUUGCACUUUUGUAACUAAUUGUCUUGCAUCAUGAUUUCUGUAGUAGAUUUCUCCCACAAAACAGUCAAUACAAAAUAUGAAAUAAUUGCUGGGUAGCAAUAAACCGACUGCUUCAAUAAUUAAGACAUACUGUAACUAUUUUUUCCU